UGAUGGAAACUGGCUUGAUGGUACCUCUGUCUCUCAUUGCAGCCCUCUCAGCUGUCAGAUGCGGUGAUCUCCAUGGUAACUCAAACCCCCAGACUCUUGACAGCAGCCUGCGAGGAGCAGCAUUCAGCAGCUCGAGGGUCUCGCGACCAGAGCGUGGAUCACACUUCUCGUAAACCUCAUCAUAUUGAGGUUGGGCUAAGAUGAGCAUAACCAGUGACGAAGUGAAUUUCUUGGUGUAUCGCUAUCUCCAGGAAUCGGGUUUCUCCCACUCGGCCUUCACCUUCGGUAUCGAGAGCCACAUCAGCCAGUCCAACAUCAACGGAACACUAGUGCCACCUGCCGCACUCAUCUCCAUCCUCCAGAAGGGGCUCCAGUAUGUGGAGGCUGAGAUCAGCAUCAACGAAGAUGGUACGGUAUUUGACGGCAGGCCAAUAGAAUCGCUGUCUCUGAUAGACGCGGUGAUGCCCGAUGUUGUUCAGACCCGACAGCAAGCAUUCAGAGAGAAACUAGCUCAGCAACAAGCCAGCGCAGCGGCAGCAGCGGCAGCAACGGCAGCAACAGCGGGAGCAACGACGACUGCUGUUUCCCAGCAGAACACACCAAAGAACGGAGAAGCCACUGUGAAUGGAGAGGAGAAUGGGGCACAUGCAAUAAAUAAUCAUUCAAAGCCAAUGGAAAUUGACGGGGAUGUUGAAAUUCCUCCUAACAAAGCAACAGUCCUUCGGGGCCAUGAAUCAGAGGUGUUCAUCUGUGCCUGGAACCCUGUCAGUGACCUGCUAGCAUCUGGAUCCGGAGACUCAACGGCCAGAAUAUGGAAUCUCAAUGAAAACAGCAACAGCGGUUCCACUCAACUAGUUUUGAGGCACUGCAUAAGAGAAGGAGGACACGAUGUCCCCAGCAAUAAGGAUGUGACUUCAUUGGACUGGAAUAGUGAUGGAACACUAUUGGCUACAGGCUCGUAUGAUGGUUUUGCAAGAAUAUGGACAGAAGAUGGUAACCUUUCAAGCACCUUAGGUCAACAUAAAGGUCCCAUAUUUGCCCUGAAAUGGAACAAAAAGGGGAAUUAUAUUUUAAGUGCUGGUGUUGAUAAAACAACAAUAAUUUGGGAUGCUCACACAGGAGAAGCUAAACAGCAGUUUCCUUUCCAUUCAGCUCCUGCUCUGGAUGUAGACUGGCAGAACAACACUACUUUUGCCUCCUGCAGCACUGACAUGUGCAUUCAUGUAUGCAGACUUGGCUGUGAUCGUCCCGUUAAAACCUUUCAAGGACACACAAACGAGGUUAAUGCAAUCAAAUGGGACCCGUCUGGCAUGCUACUAGCAUCUUGCUCCGAUGAUAUGACAUUAAAGAUUUGGAGUAUGAAGCAAGAUACCUGUGUACAUGAUCUUCAGGCUCACAGCAAAGAGAUUUAUACUAUCAAAUGGAGUCCUACAGGACCAGGCACCAGCAACCCAAACUCCAACAUCAUGUUAGCAAGUGCUUCGUUUGAUUCCACUGUUCGGCUGUGGGACGUUGACCGAGGAGUCUGCAUCCAUACGUUAACGAAACAUCAAGAGCCCGUCUACAGUGUAGCUUUUAGUCCUGAUGGAAAAUAUCUAGCCAGUGGGUCCUUUGACAAAUGUGUCCAUAUAUGGAAUACUCAGAGUGGAACUCUAGUACAUAGCUACCGAGGCACCGGGGGCAUCUUUGAAGUCUGCUGGAAUGCUAAAGGAGACAAAGUGGGAGCAAGCGCAUCAGACGGAUCGGUUUGUGUUCUAGAUCUGCGGAAGUAAACGUGAAAUGUUUUAGAAGAAAUUUCAAAUGGACCAGCAGUGAAUGUGUGGGGAGAAGCACUCUUCAAAACUAUUCUUAACAGCUCCAGAACUGUACGAACUUGAACAAAGUUAGAGUGUACCGUGAAACCAACUCUCCCUGGCCACAGGUGUCUAGUAUUUUGUCCGUAACCUUCAUCAAGGAGUAAAAACGCAGUCACUUCAGAGGGGGAGGGAAUGGUUUCCACCUGGAACAUUCAGCCUUGGAAGCAUGAAGCCACCAGCUAGGCAUUGCACUGUUUGGUUUGCAUCUGAGAACUUGCUCUGAUGGCUAGGAAAAAAAAGCUGUGCCAAAAAAAAAUUAAUAAAAAAAAAAGAAAAA